AUGAACUCGGACGAAUAUUCAGGUCUUCAGCGUCUAAAGAUUCCUAUCAUUCCAUGGGGUGCGGGUAAGUAUCGUAUCAAGAUCCACAAUCAACAUGGAAUCACUACGUUCAUCUCGAAUGUAAGGAGUAUUAGGAACAGAAAGCUUAUAGCCAAGUUUUACAAGCUAUCUGAGAAGCGUAUCAACACCGAACUAGAUUACGAAUACAAGAAACCUCGUUCGUACAAGUUUGAAGAGAACACUGUUAUGGAGUCUCACGAAUACGUUGGAUUCCGUCAAGACGAAAUCUUCGAUAAGGUGAAGACGUUCCUGGAAGGGCUAACUCGCGCUGUUAAGAUUAACAUCCGUCUAGGUUUCAAGCUAAUCGACAGAAGCAAUGGGUUAGAGCGUGAUUACUAUCCGAGUACGAACACAGAAAUCUGGCCGUGUACUGCUCACUAUUCACGGUCUCUGCAGGCAACCACUUUCGAUCGGAUGCUCGAGCACGCGGCGUUCUGGGACUUCAUUCGAGCGAAAGGAAAAGCUGCGUCUGUGAGAGCAUUUCCUGAUAGCGAUGGAAAAGACUCUGAGAGGGCGUUAAAGUGGCUUAAAGAGAAAACAGGUCGGUACUAUCGCAAUGCAUGGGAUCCCUUAGUGACGCUGAGAGGCAAGCAUACUUUGAGAUUUUGUCCUACAAACGAGGGCUACGUCGCGGCGGUUCGCAACGUCGAGUUACACAAGAUCUCCAAACUUUGCAAGUCGUGUAGUGAUGCUGAACAACUCCUCAAUUCAAUCUCGUCAUUACUGGAUUAUCUUAUCAGUGAUGUAGGAUGGAGUAUACCAGGGGAUUGCAGAAGCAAUGUCGUCGCUGCUAUAAGAAACACAGGAAUGUCUAUCGAUGCUGCAGCGGCGGGCCAUUUGAUGACAUGUGAAUCGGAAUAUGCAGCCGCGGCGAGCAGCAUUGCUGAAGAUUUAGCUUGUGUGCGAAGUGAUCUGCAAGACGUCGCAGUAUCUGCACAAUGCGAUACAAUGUUUGCCGAUAAAUUUCUCUCGCGAGAUCACCACCUCAGUAAGCGCAAGAUUUUUGCUGACCUCGGAUCGCUGGAUAAAGGAGAUGCUCGUUUGUGCUCCAGUUCGGAUUGCGCAGCAGGGGGCGUUAAAACCCCCAACAAAAACGAAGGCAAAAACUAA